GACUCCAGUUGUGGCCAUGCUUCAAUAUCUGCUAUUAUUUGCCGUCCCAGCGAACCAGAUAUGAUCAUAAAUACCUUUUCAUUUUUAAUGGCACUGAGAAAAUCAAUGCAUUCUUGAGCAUCUUUAAAUGUUUCGAUGCUUGCUAUAACACGUCGCAGACGUCGAAACGAUUUCUUGAAAUCGUCAUUGGAUUCAUCCAAUUUGGCAUCAAGCCAUAGAAGCCGGAAAUUUUGAAGCUCUCGACGCCUAGGUCGAGGCAGCACAGCAGCAGCACGAUUGUUCGCGUUGGUAAUAGUGGUGGUGCUAGGCAUCGCUGCUGCACCACUGAUAACAGUUGUUGUCGACUUUUGUUUGCUCAUUGUAAUCGAACGAAUGAAUAUAAUCUGUGAAACGAAGUCCCCUAUAUUUAUAAUUGUUAAAUUUUUUGUUGGUUAACAUCAUUCCUUUUCUGACUUGUGGCUACAGACUUCAAGAACCUCUACUAUCUGGUUCAUUUUUGUUUCAAGAGUGUUACUGACAAAAUACAUCGAACCAUAAAUAAAGAAGAAUGGCUAAGGAAACAAAUAGUCGCUGAGGACGGACGACAUCACUAGUCCGAAAUAUCGAAAAUACCUGUCUUAACUAGUUAUCCUGACAUGAAAACUCCUGCAGCUACGUCUGAAUUAGUCCAGAAUGUCCUCAAACUUCGACAUGUCUAACCCGUUUCUCUAUCUAAUCAAUCCAGAUUAGUCGGUAGACCAGAAAAAGAGUAUUUCUAAAAGUAAAAAUUGUGCCUUUCAUUACUGGUACUCGCGUUGAAAUUAAUGCAUAGAAACAGUUACUCUGUUUAAUAUGUUUUACAAUAAGAUUGUUUUAUACAUACAAGAUUCUGCAACCAAGACAAUCGAUUGCAUGUAUCAUCAAGCGAAGUUCUCGUAAAACUACUUUAUAAACAUAAAAAUAACACAUGUUUAUGUACCGUCAUUUUUUUUUGUGUGUAGCUACUCUUUACUUUUCACUUUAAUUUUCUUACUAGUCUAAUAAUGUUAGAAACUAAAUACACUUACGUGCUAUGUAAUGUUGGAGUGUAGCAAAUUUUGUUUUGUGUGCUUGCAGUCGAUUUUAUUCUGUAUUUAUCAUUGGCAAAAUUACUUGGUUUUUUCCCACAAACGUAUAUUUACAUGAAUCAAUGAAGCAUGACUUUUUCAUCAUGUAAACGACUUUUUCGACCAUGUGUUCGUCAUAAAAUACGUUUCGUUUUUCAUAUAUUCUACUUCUUCCUUUUUUACCUUACCUUUGCGUUUCGUGUUGUUGCAAUGAUAAAAAGUACACUGAUGCUUGUAUAAGCGUAAAUUUGAGUUAUGAUGAUUCAUUAGACUUUGAACUUUAUUCUAAUCUCUAUAUAAAUAUUUUCUAUCGUAAAAUUUUUUUUGAAAUUGAUAAUUAUAGAAGUAGUGUUGAAAGCUUCAAAAUAAAUAAAUGAAAAAUUUUAUAUUUUUUAUUUUAUCGUUCGAUGUAUGAAAAACUCUAUUUAUCACUCAAACUUCGUUAGAUGCAUCCGAAGAAAGUAUGGCGAAUGUGCUUUAAGAAGACUCAGGCAUUUUGAGAAGUGGGUGUGAGUGUUUGUAUUGCUUAUCCCUACACAUCCCGAUCCUCAAUUAUUUGGUUUAAAUAUCUAAGAACUUCAAUCAUAAUCAAGCAAUAAUCAACAAUCAGUAAAUAGAAGUAAAAAAUAUUGAUACAAAUGAAUAACCUCUUUCAAUCAGUAUUCAACAAAUAAUGAAUGAUUUUAAUUUCAAUGUAAAUCUUUUUUUAGUGUGUUGAUAUGGUAUGUUAUAUUUUUUUACAACAUAAUGAUCAUAAUGUUGUAUCAAGUUCAUUGGAAACACAUGAAAUUAUACUUAAAUAUUCAAAUUUAUUUGAUUUUGAUCAAUUAUUAAUUUCAACCCCAAUUGGAUCUAUAGAAGAAAUUCGUGUCAGUGAAGCCUUAAAAACAGAUAUUACAUAUCUUUUAUCUUUAUGUGAACACGGUAAUCUACAUGUACGUGGUGCAUGUGCAAAUUUUCUUGCUACAUUAAUUCCAACAACAAAUCAUCUUUUAACACUAUCAUCAUUAUCAAAUUCUUUUAUUAAUCAAUGUUCACUUGUAUCAACUGAUUCACAAGACAGUUCAAGUCAUGCAUUUACAAUCAUAGGAAUUAAAUUAUUAGAAGAUUCUAUUCAACAUAUUACAAGUUCCUGUAUUCUUGCUCAAGUUAGUCUAGCUCAACUUAUAGAUGAUAUUGAUUUUCGAAUAUUAACUUAUCUUGAACAACAACAAAAACAAUUAAAACAAUAUAUCCUGAUAUACCAUUUUACUUAUUGUAUUGCUGAAUUUCUUGUUAUGUUAUCCCAUGAUACACUUCAUUCAAAACGAGUUAUUAAAAUACAAGAUUUAAUAAAACAUUAUGAUUCAUUAUUAGCAAGUGGACAUGAACCUGAAACACAUACUUUGGCAGCAUUAGAACCAGUUUUAUAUGAUUUUUUUUCUUAAGCAUGGUGGUCACCAAUAUUAACACCAUCAUCAUUAAUAACACAUUUAUCUAUAAGUAGUCAAUUACAAUCUUAUUGUGAUUUAAUAUAUCAUCAUGAGUUAUAUGUUGAACAUUUUAUAUCAAUAACAACACAUUAUCAAUUAUUAUUAUUAUUUUUUAUUUGA